AUGCUCUGGAGAAACCAAUCUGGGUGCGGCAUGCUGGCCGCCUGGAUCGCAGCACUAUGGCUCACGAUUCUGCUGCCAGCCAGCCAUGCAGCUCCAGACUAUGCAAACAUUAACCCAGAUCCAGACGCCUGGGGCGUGGUGCCAGUCCCCGGUUUCCGCCUGGAUCGUCAGUACCCGGGCCUUUCCAAUGAGACCAACAGCACGGACGGCACAACUCGCUGGGAGCUUGACCUGCGAAUCAAUCGAAACGCACCCAAGACAUCCUCGGGGGCGGGCGCAGGGACCACCAAUGUGACGCGGGUCACGGUGCAACUGCGACCUCCUGCCCCGGGACAGCCCGGCGCCGUCCUCGACAACCAGACUGGGAACUGGUCUAUCGAUGACCCACGUGCCACCGAUUCCUGGAAGCUCAUCAUCGUCUCCUUUGCGAUGGGGUCCCUCGACCAGCUGAAGGCCGUGGAGGACGGUAAUGAUAAGCAAAGAGGAUCCUGCCCGACGAGUGUGAUGAGCGAGCAGUGCGCCAGGGACAUUCGGGAGUCGAUGGCUACGAAUUCAGGCAUCAAGGCGGGGAAUGGCUUCUUGGCUUGCCCAAACCGUCGCAUGUUGAAUCGUCUUACUGGGAUUCUUUACAAGACUAACCGCCUACCCUCAGCUGUGUCCAUGAACGACCGCUUCAACGAGACGACAACCUACUUCAACGAGAUCACAAGAGAGGAGCUCGAGAAUGCGUACGACGUGUGGGGCUCCGUCACCCAUCCAUUCGCCUUGGUCUGGGCUCACAGCAACACGACUGCACAAGGGGAGGCCCUAGACGAUGAUCAUGUGGUGCUUGCCUGCGUCAAGGUCGACAGUACGGCUCCAGGGGUUCCCAUGCCUCAGGCGGUAGCUCAGCAGCCCGGGGCAGGCGAACCCGCGGCAGGCGAACCCGCGGCAGGCGAACCUGGAGCGGGCGCGACCUUGAAAGGGUCAAGUGGCUGGCGGAUGCUAGGUGGCAUGGUCCUGGCAGGACUCAUAACCAAAGAGAUUGUGUUCUAG